AUGCUUCGACUUCGACUGCUGCAGACGCUGCGACGGUCGCCGGGUGUGGCGCACCGGUUUGUGCAUUCGACGCUGGGCGCCGACGCUACGAUAGUUGCGCAGCCGUUCAAGAACGACGCCGGCAAGCUGCUGCGCGUGUCGCUGACCGAGACGGCAGUGGCGAAACUGAACAAAAUCAAGCACGACGACAACCGCCCUGAUCUGCACCUGCGCAUCAAGGUCGAGUCCGGGGGCUGCCACGGGUUCCAGUACAUUUUCGACCUCAAAGACAAGGACACCAUCACCUCCUCGGACAGUAUAUUCACCCGGGACGGGGCCCAGGUCGUCAUCGACCACGAGUCGUUGAAGCUGCUCCAGGACUCGACCGUCGACUAUGCCACCGAGCUCAUUGGCUCUCAAUUCAAAGUCACCUCGCCGCACACCUCGUCCGCCUGCGGCUGCGGCUCUUCCUUCUCCCUCGACCCCUAG